AUGGCAUCCCCCAUCCCCAAAACCAUCGCCAUCAUCGCCGGCGCGGGUCCAGGCACAGGAGCCGCCAUCGCGCGCCGCUUCGCCCAAACCUACCCCGUCGUGCUGCUCGCCCGAUCCCAAACCUCGCUGGACCCGUUGGUCCGCGAGAUCGACCAGACCAAAGGCAAGGGCUCUGCGCUGGGCAUCCCGACCGACGUGACGGACCCGCAGAGCGUGGAGUCCACCAUGACUGCGAUCAAAACGCAUUACGGCGCGGAUCUGAACAUCGCUGCGGCCGUGUUCAAUGUCGCGAGCAAGUUCGUGAGGAAGCCGUUUCUGGAGUCUGAGGGUGAGGAAUUUCUAGGGAGUCUGGAGGGUACGGCGCGCGGGGCGUUUCAGUUUGCGAGAGCUGUGUUGCCGCUUAUGCGUGAGAGUCAGGAUGGCAAGGGACAGGGUCAGGGUCAAGAGUAUCCGUCGACGUUGAUCUUUACUGGAGCAACGGCGUCCUUGAAAGGCGGAUCCGGACUCGGUUCCUUCGCCAUGAGCAAGUUCGCCGUGCGUGCCAUGGCGCAGUCCCUGGCGCGCGAGUUCGGCCCAAAGGGCAUCCAUGUCGCGCACGCCGUGAUCGACGGCAUCAUCGACAUCGAGAAAACCAAGGGCUUCAUGGAUGACCGGCCCGAUGCGAAAAUUGACCCCAACUGGGUGGGUGAUGUCGAGCUGCUGUUGCUGCUUCAUGACAAGAUUGCGGAAGCAUACUGGUUCUUGCAUACGCAGCCUAAGUCGGCGUUCACGCAAGAACUGGAUCUGAGGCCGCACGCGGAGACUUGGUGA